AUGAACGGCUCCGAGAGUGGUACAACGUUCAUCGGCGUCAUCGGCGAGGGCAUCCCCGUCGCUGUCGGUGCAGCGUUCACUGUGAAGUACAACAAGGAGGUGCUCAAGCAAGACGCGGACCAGGUUUCAGUGGCGUUCUUCGGCGACGGCACGUGCAACAACGGCUCCUUCUACGAGUGCCUCAACAUGGCGGCGCUCUGGAAGCUUCCGGUGAUCUUCGUGGUGGAGAACAACCUGUGGGCCAUCGGCAUGAGCCACCUGCGCUCCACGUCGGACCCCGCCAUCUGGAAGAAGGGCCCCGCGUUCGGCAUGCCCGGAGUCCACGUGGACGGCAUGGAUGUGCUCAAGGUGCGCGAGGUGGCACUGGAGGCCAUUGAUCGCGCCAGGCGGGGCGACGGCCCGACGCUGAUUGAGUGCGAGACGUACCGCUUCCGCGGUCACUCCCUGGCCGACCCCGAUGAGCUUCGCUCCCCUGAGGAGAAGGCUAAGUAUGCCGCUCGCGACCCCAUCAUCGCGCUGAAGAAGCACAUCCUGGAGACGGGGCUCGCCACCGAGGCCGACCUCAAGGCAAUUGAGAAGAAGAUUGACGAUGUCGUGGAGGAUGCUGUUGAGUUUGCUGAUGAGAGCCCACUGCCGGAGCGCCACCAGUUGCUGGAGAAUGUAUUUGCUGACCCCAGGGGCUUCGGAAUCGGAAUUGACGGAACCUACAAGUGCGAGAACCCAGACUUCACUGCAGGCACCGCUCAGGUGUAA